AUGAUUCCGGCAAGCCCUGUCUACAUCCAGCCGAGCAACCCUCUCCCGGCUCCAGGCAAGGUUACUGUAGAUCCAACAAAGUGGCAACACACUGCUGAACAUACCGUACCUGCCAUUCAAGAAUUACCCGACAAUGAGGAAACUGAACCAGAAACCGACAACGGCCAACCACCAGGCUACGAACCAAAACCCGUUGAAAAGGAAGAAUACGACCUAGAAGAGGAGGAAUCGCAGCGAAUCCCGGUCAAUCGAUUGCCGAUCAAUCUACCUGUCGACCCAAACCCUCCACCCCCACCGAGUGACUAUGAAGAACAAGAAGAAACCGCAAAUAAUGGAGUGCAUGCAGAACCCGAACCGGCAAACCCAUUGAAAUACACCCCGGAGCCUGAACCUGAGCCACCUCGUCCAGACCCAAACAUUGCUGUUCCGACGCCAUCCACGUCGCCAGCUGCUUCAUCUACGGACUAUGAUGAUGAGACAAAUGUCGAGUCAGAGCCUCCGAUGAAGCCGGCUCCUCAAGCAUCAAUUCCGCCAUCGUCAAUGUCCGAUUAUGGGGAUGAAGCUGAUCAGAAUGCACCCCCUGCACCUCCAACUGAUUCACAAGUAGAGAAAGCGCAAGUCUAUCAACCAACGUCUGGUGAUCAAAUGUCAAAUAUGGAGUCUGCGGGUCCGGAUACUGAAUGGGGAUUGAAUACGAAGGAGACGAUGCCCAUACCAGAACCUACACCUGGAUUUAAGCCAACACCUUCGGAAAUUCCAUCAAACGGAGAGGAUACAGAAUUUGGAGUGCCGGAUCGGGCUGGUGCCUACCAUUUGUUAGAAGAUGCCACAAAAGCACCACAGCCUCCUCUAGAACCGCCAAGAAGUCAGACACCAGUCCCAACAUCAUACGGAGUAACCGAACCGCCAAUCCCUGAACCAAUUCGUACAGAUAGUACGAUAGUGACGCUAAGCCCAGGCCUUGGCUAUCACCGCCGGCGAAGGAAGUUCAAAAUCUACAGCCCAUUGCUGAAGCAGGCCAGAUGGAUC